GUGUAAAGUCGGAAUGUUUUUGUUGCACGCAAGGCGGAAAUUUACUUAACUGGCUUUGGGUCAUGGAUCUAUUAAAAUAAGUCGGUUUCAGUUGGGUUGCUGAUCUUGUACAUACUAGGCAUUUAUAUACCUACUGAAAUAGUCAUGAAACUCAAGGAAUUGGAAAGUUGUUUGCAACAAGUCGACACAUUUGAAACACCCAAAGUAUUCCUUGAACAGUAUCCAACUAGCCCCCACAUUGCAGCAUGUAUGCUUUACACAAUUCAUAGUACGUUUGAUGACAUUGAAGGGAAACUGGUAGCGGAUUUAGGAUGUGGGUGCGGCGUUCUGAGCAUUGGAGCAGCUGUGCUUGAAGCAGGAUUUUGUGUUGGUUUUGACAUCGAUCACGACGCUUUGGAGAUAUUUAGGCGAAACGCUGAGGAAUUUGAGAUUUCCAACUUAGACCUCGUUCAGUGUGACUUGUGUAGUUUGGAGAUGGAGGCAUAUUCCUCCAAAUUUGACACGGUAAUCAUGAAUCCACCAUUUGGAACAAAACACAAUCAAGGUAUAGAUAUGAAAUUCCUGAAGAAUGCCUUAAUGUUAGCAAAGAACACUGUGUAUUCACUUCACAAAACAUCUACACGAGAGCACAUACAGAAAAAGGCAUAUGAUUGGGGUGUUAAAAUGGAAGUAAUAGCAGAAUUACGAUAUGAUUUACCAGCAUCUUACAAGUUUCACAAAAAGAAAUCGGUGGAUAUCCAGGUGGAUUUCUUAAGAUUCUCCAAAUCUUGAAAGUGGCAAUGGAAUGGAUUAAAGUAAUUUGACUUUUGUGGUUUGUUAUAAAUGUUUUACAAAUAAAAAAACUCUUUUGAGUGGUUUUCAUAACUU